UGCGUGUGUGUGUUAUUUUGACCGUUUGUUUGAAUAGUGCUGAGUGGAAAGUUCGUUAAUAUAUUCCUGUGACCUGGGAAGGAAAGAAAUGAUCAGUUUUAGUAAAUUUCUUCAUUUAUCUGGCUGCAUCUCCCGGUAGUGGUGAUGAGGUUCGUAUAUUUCCCCUAAAUUCAGACAUUUAAACAAUAACAACAACAACAACAACUGCAAGAGGAGAAAGUAGAAGAAGAAGAAGAAGAAGAAGAAGAACGGAAAUAAAACAAAGGAGAAGGAGAAAGGAAAAGAAUCAAAGGAAAGUACUAAAGAUUUCAAAAUGAAAGUCAAAAAACAGUUGCAAUGUGGUGCCAAAGACAAAGUGGAUAUUUUCACCAUAACAGGAUCGAUACCUGUCUUGAAGAAAUUCGAGGAUUUUGACAACUCAUGGAAAACAACAACAAAAACGACAACAACAGCAACACCAGAAUUUAUCUCUCCUUCAAACUGUGAGUCCAAAAUAUGCUUGUCUGUGAAAGAUCCAAUCAGUUUGGACAAUGGCCAGGUGGCUUUACAACAACACAAAACCAAGGAAGACCCUGAAAAUGAGGAAAACGAUGCAGAAACAAGAGAACAACAGCAGGGGUAA